AACCACAAAAAAUACUUUCAACAUUCUCUCUUUUGAUCCUUUGAUCAUAAACUCUUCUUCUUUCUUUCUUUGCAGUAUCUCACAUCAAGAUGGCUCAAAAUUACAACAUCCCAUCCAUUUUUAUUUUUUGCCUUGCAGCCUCCAUUUCCAUGACCUUGCUUCUUUCAGCUGAAGCUAAAAAAAACAAGUACUUCACCAUUUACCUCCAAGACUAUGCUUCUGGUCCUAACACCACCUUCUUCCCCAUCGCCGGCCUCCCUGGCUCAACACUCAACUUCACCGACUUCGGAACGCUCUUCGUCACUGACGAUGCCAUAACCGCAAUCCCAAAUGAGGGUGCCCCAGAAAUUGGUCGAGCUCAGGGGAUCUACGUCGUUACGGAUAAGGGCGGGAAAAACCUCCUCGUCCUCUUAUCCUUCGUGUUUACCGGUGGAGCCUACAACGGGAGCAGCAUAGAGAUCCAAGGGACAAGUAGACAAUUUGAACUAAUUAGAGAACUUCCGGUUAUUGCUGGGUCAGGUAAAUUCCGUUCGGCAAGAGGAUAUAUUAAGGCUGACAAUUUUUUCUUCGAUCCACAAAGAGGAUAUUCCGUUAUCCGAGUCAAUGUUACCUUGGUUUGAUAAUUCUACUGAAGAAAUUAAACAUUCUUGGGGUUUAAUGUUUGUACGUUGGUUUUAAGAAUUUUCUUUCUCUUUUUCUUGUUUUUUUUUUUUCGAAUAAUCAAGGAGUUAAUAUAAAUGAUCUCCACGUUAAUUAAUGUUUAAUAUGUAUUUUGUUAUGGUGAUAGUCAUUUACUGUAACGUUUUAUAGUUUAACAUUCAUGUAUUAUGGUUAAUCAAUUUCUUAAAAGUUGCUUCAAACAUUCCUUUUA